AUGGCCUACCAUAUACUCCUGCUUGCCUCUUUGGGCAUAUGGCUCUCCAACGCCAGUCCGGCCACCAUCUCCAAGCGUGCCGCCCUCGACGACUGCCUCAAAACUGCGUCUGUCCCGACACUCGCCUCUGGCUCCGCUGACUACACCCAAUCGUUGAAACCGUUCAACCUGAGAGUAACAUUCAAACCAGCGGCUUACGCUGUACCGGCCACCGUGAAACAUGUCCAAGAUGCUGUUGCUUGCGGAGCCAAGAACAGUGUCCAGGUCACUGCUAAAUCUGGCGGACACAGCUACGGCUCGCACGGUCUUGGCGGCGAAGACGGCCAUCUGAUCGUGGACAUGCGGAACUUUGCAAGCGUCACCGUUGACCAGACGGCGCAGACGGCAGUGAUUGGGACUGGCGGAAGGCUGGGGGAUGUGGCUACAGCACUUUACAGCCAAGGAAAGCAGGCUAUUAGCCAUGGAACAUGCCCUGGUGUGGGCGUCGGCGGCCUCUCCCUUCACGGUGGCUAUGGCCUCAUCUCUCGCCUCAAAGGACUAACGCUGGACAACAUCCUCUCCGCCGACGUCGUCCUCGCAAACAGCACGCUCGUUACCGCCUCGCCAACCCAGAACGCCGACCUCUUCUGGGCGCUGCGAGGUGCAGGCGCCGCCUUUGGGAUCGUCACAAACUUCAAGUUCAGGACAUUUACCGCCCCUGAGAGCAACAUCGUCUUCAACUACUACUUCUCGCCCUCAUCCGCGACGGCGCUUGCGACGGCGCUCACCGCCCUUCAAGAUUUCACUCGCAACUCGCAGCCACCGGAGCUCAACAUGCGCCUCUUCCUGUCUGGCUUCACCACCUUCUCCGGCGUCUACUAUGGCACGCGCGCCGACUACGACAAGCUUAUGAACCCGCUGCUCUCUAAGAUGGGCAUAUCCAGCGGCAGUGUGAGCACCAACACGUGGCUCAACACCCUCACGUCCUUCUCCAACGGGCCGCUCAAGCAAGUCACGCCCUACGACACGCACGAGAACUUCUUCGCCAAGUCGCUCAUGCCCGAGUACCUGUCCCCCGCCGCCAUCACCGCCCUCUCCAACUACUGGAGCGCGAACGCACGCUCAAACUCCCGCUCAUGGUACCUCUUGUUCGACUGCCACGGCGGCAAGGGCUCCGCCAUCUCCAACGUCAGCGCCGACGCGACCGCCUACGCGCACCGCAACGCGACGUUCAAGAUGCAGUUCUACGACCGCAUAUACAACGGCAACUACGACAGCUCGUGGUUCGGGUUUUUGAACGGCUGGAUCAAGGCGAUCAGCGAUGCGAGCCCAGGAGUCAAUUUUGGCAUGUACAUCAACUAUGCGGAUACGAGCUUGACUAAGGACGAGGCGCAUAGCCAUUACUGGCUCGGAAACUAUGAGAAGCUUACGAAGCUAAAGGCGGUGUGGGAUCCAACGAAGGUGUUUGAAGGGCCGCAGUUGGUGGGGAGUUGA